AUGGCUUCAGUAGAUGAGCUCUGCAAUGCUUCUGCCAGUGGAAAACUAGAUAAAGUAAAGACUUUGCUGCACAAUGGAGCAGAUGUCAAUGGAUUUAAUGAAUUCAACAGAACUGCACUGCAGGUGGUGAUGUUGGGAAACGAAGCAGUCGCUGAGGCUCUUCUUAAGGCAGGGGCAAACCCAAACCUGCACGACCCGGCCUGUGGUCUCACCGUGACUCACGACGCAGCGCGCGAAGGAUUUGUAGACACCGUGCGCGUGCUGGUGAAAUACGGGGCAGAUGUGAACCUCGUGGAUAAACAAGUUAACCUGCCGCUGCACCUAGCAGCCAAAGAGGGACACCUGGAGGUGGUCAAGUUGCUGAUUGGACUCACCACGGACCCCAAAAAGUCCAACACCCACAGCGAGACCGCCGGGCAGCUCGCUCAUGACUACAAGAGGACGGACACUGCCGCGUUCAUCGACCAGUACCUGAGCUAA